GGCUUUUGCAUUUGAAGGUAUCCACAUUUGAAAGUGCCAGCACAGGUGUAAAGUAAGAGCAAAACUGUGGCGAGGGAGUUUCCCAAGUUCACGGCUGAACUGAACUUUUGAAGUUAUUAGCGAUCUACUUUUACUCGGGAGAUCUUUCUGCCAAGGCACUUGAAUGCCAAAGUCCCCCGGCAAAAUCAACAAAUGCUAAAGUCCUAAAGCACAGAGAGACGGAUGCACUUCAGGUAGGAUGGUUUCCUGGCUUCUCCGCCUGUUCUUCUGCACUCUCGCCAUCUCAGCAAGCCCACUCGCUCUGCCAUCCACACGAGAGACGGAUGAGGAUGUUGACGCUGGAUUAGAUCAAGACAUUGUGGAUAUUAAUGAAGACCUUGGACUGGAUCUCAUCGAAGGAGACAUCAGACAUGAUCCGACCAUCGACAGAAGCGCAAUUUCCGAUGACAAGUACAGGUGGCCAAAAACAAUUCCAUACUAUCUGGAAGAUAGUUUAGACGUCAAUGCUAAAGGUGUCAUCCUCAAAGCAUUUGAACAAUAUCGCCUUAAAUCCUGCAUUGAUUUCAAGCCUUGGACAGGAGAGGUUAACUACAUAUCAGUAUUCCAAGGCAGCGGAUGCUGGUCAUCAGUGGGUAAUCACCGCGUUGGUGAGCAGAAGCUCUCGAUCGGAGAGAGAUGUGAGAGAAUAGCGACCAUUGAACACGAGUUCCUUCAUGCACUGGGAUUCUGGCACGAGCAGUCACGACCCGAUCGCGAUGACUACGUCAAAAUCAUGUGGGACAGGAUUGAUAACGGUAAAGAACACAAUUUCAAUAAGUAUGACGAUAAGGUGAGCAAUUCGCAGAACAUCCCAUACGACUAUACCUCAGUAAUGCACUACAGCUCCACGGCAUUCAACAACGGCACACAACCAACAAUAGUCACCAAGAUCGCCGAAUUCAGUAAUGUCAUCGGGCAGCGCAUGGAAUUCAGCGAUUACGACCUUCAAAAACUCAACCGUCUCUACAACUGCACCACAUCGCUCAGCUUCCUGGACAGAUGCAGCUUCGAAGGUGAAAGUAUCUGUGGCAUGAUACAGAGUCCAGAUGACAACGCAGACUGGCAACAUGUUUCUCAGGCUCCAGGUGGGCCCGACAAAGACUUCACCAACAUGGGCGACUGCAAAGGCAGUGGAUUCUUCAUGCAUUUCAGCACCAGUUUGGGCCCAGUGGGACACAGGGCGUUUUUGGAGAGCAGGAUCCUUUACCCAAAGCGGGGCUUCCAGUGCCUGCAAUUCUACGCCUUCAACAGUGGCAGUGAAGGAGACGAACUAAACAUUUGGGUCAGAAGUUACAACAAUACAAAUCCCAACGGCAUUUUGACCAAAGUGACAAGAAUAACUGAAUUGGGCCUAAAUUACUGGCAGCUUCACCAUGUCAGACUAGACGUCUCCGGAAAGUUCCGUGUUGUUUUUGAAGGGGUGAAGGGAGGUGCUCCCUCCAAUGGAGGUAUUUCCAUUGACGAUGUCAACCUCUCGGAAACCUUUUGCCCGACACACGUGUGGCGCAUCAGGAACUUCACCGGCCUACUGAACACUAGCCCAUCGGGGUUACAAGGCGCUGUCUACAGCCCAAGGUAUUACUCCCAGCAAGGGUAUUCCUUUCAGAUCAAGCUCUAUGUAAAUGGGACGUCCGAUUGGCCCUUCUACCUCGGUGUGUUCUUGCACUUGGUCAAUGGGACCAAUGAUGAGGGUCUACAAUGGCCCUGCCCAUGGAUGCAAGGUACCAUGCUUCUGAUGGACCAACAGCCUGAUAUCAGACGCCGGAUGUCCAACCAAAGAAGCGUGACCACUGACCCAAAUAGGACCACAACCGAAGGCAACCAAACUUUCUUCUUCUGGGACAAGCCGAGCAAAGUUGGACGUCCCGUGACGGAGCCCGAUGGCACUGUGUAUUACCGGGGACCAGGGAUGGGAAUCAGUACAUUCUUAUCCCACGAACGAUUGAAAAGUAGAGAGUUCAUUAAGGGAGAUGAUGCUUAUUUCCUUUUAACCAUGGAAGAUGUAUCGCAUCUUGUGGCCACUCAGCCGACCCCCCCACCACCGCCCACAAAACCCGAUCCCACCUCGACCAACGAGCCAGUAACCAAUCGCCCCGAGUCUUGCAUUGACUUUCAAUGUGAAAAUGACGGGGUCUGUAUUGUUCAAAAUGGGGAACCCAUCUGCAGGUGCCUGACUGGUGAGAACUGGUGGUAUUCGGGCAGUCACUGUGAGCACUUUGGUGAGCAGGAGGAUACAGUUCUGAUCGCCGUGGCUUCGUCUGUGGCCAUCUUCCUCGGUAUGUUGUUUGUCACACUGCUCACCGCAUACUGCCUGAAGCGAAGAUACCGGAAGCAAAUGGACAAGUCGGACAAAGGAGUCAACUUGGCAAACACGGCAUUCUGAAGAAGCCAUAGAGAAGUCUAACAGCACGGAAAAGAGAGGAAACGCCAAGCAAGUAUGGUCUUGUGGAGAUCCCAAUUAAUCUGUGCAGAUUUGUGAAUCAUGAUUUAGCUUGACAAAUAUCUGACUUUCAUUUGUAAACCUCAUGAAAUUAGCUCAUUACAAAAAUCUCUACUUUUAAAACACCUAAUAUUCAUCAUAGCUUGAAAAUGCCAAAUAAAAUGAUUGCAAAAUAAUAACCGAACAGGGUGUGAUUGUAAUCACAGGCGGAGCACAAUGUAGAUAGGUUAGGACUUUUAUUAUUAUAGUGACGUAAACUGAGCGACUGAAAAAUCUUUGUUUUGCACGCUAUGCAAACACAUUAGACAUAUUAUACAUUUGAUAUGUUGUCAUAUGGAGAAAUUUAGGAUUGAAGAUUCCAUUCAUAACCUGUGAGCAAGGAUGGCACAGUGGCGCAGCAGUAGAGCUGCUACCUCAGAGCGGCAGAGUUAAAUCCUGACCUCAGGUGCUGUCUGUGUGGAGUGUGCAUGUUCUCCCUGUGACCGCAUGGGUUUCCCCCAGCUGCUUCGGUUUCCUCCCAUAUUCCUAAGGCACGAGUGUUUGUAAGUUAAUUGUCUCCUAGAAAAUUGCCUCAAAUGCGUACGGGGUGGAUGAAAGGUUGGAAUGACAUAGAACUCGUGUGAAUGGGUGGUCGAUGGUCAGCAUGGACUCGGUGGGCCUGUCUCCAUGUUACAUCACCAAAAAAAAAAAAACAUUUUCAAGAACCAGAGUCGGGAAUCAAGACUUUCUGUUGUCAUAUGUCCCGAAACAGAACAAUGAAAUUCUUACUUGCUGCGGCACGACAGAUAUGCAAACAUGGUGCUCUGUAAAUACCACAGUAAACAACAAAAAUGUUCAGUACACUGAACUUUUUCAACAAACAAUAAUAGUGGAAAGACAAAAACAAUGCUCCCAAGUCUAUGUAGUUUGGAGCUUAUUUGGAUGUUGUAGUGUUUAAUAGCCUGAUGGUUGUAGGGAAUACAAUACAAUACAAUACGGUUUUAUUCGUCACAUUGCACUUAAAGUGCAAGUGAAAUGAAUUUGCCAACAGUGGUACAAUGAUAAAGAACACACAAUACACAAUAAAAAUGUAACACAAUCAUCCACCACGGCAUUCAUCACUGUGGUGGAAUACACACAAAUUGGCCAGUCCUCCUCCAUUUUCCCCCGUGGUCGGGACCUCAACCUUCCGCAGCCGUCGCUGCGGGCGUCCAGAUGUGCAGGCAGGUAAAAGUCCAGGCA